AUGGGCGCUCGAACCGUAUCGGCCACCGGGCUGAUCCUCUCAUCACGAACGACUGUCUGCACGCAAUGCCUCCGCGAUGACCUCCGCUUUACGCAUAUUGCUCUCCAAUCUCGCAAAUAUCACCCAACACGUCGGCGAGAUGCUUCGCCAUUUGGAGCUGCCGUGUCAGCGGCCCAAGCCAUCUUCAAGGGUAUGCCGAAGGCGCCUCCAGGCAUCUCCGUCGACCCGUUGAGAAUGGUAGGAAAAGAACUCAAAUUCCUCACCAAAAACAUCCGACAAUUACUUGGAUCGGGCCAUCCCGCACUAGACAAGGUGGCCAAGUACUACACUCACAGCGAGGGCAAGCACAUGCGGCCAAUGCUUGUCCUUCUCAUGUCCCAGGCGACAGCCUUGGACCCGCGCAAGCACCACACCUACACGGAUAAACCGAGCCCCGUCGAUUCCUCCUUCAGCGCACCCUCCAUCCUCGAAGAUGCCAACCCAGAAAUGAACCCGCUCGUGGCCCCUACUGCCGAGAGCAAAUACGAUGUCGCGGGAGAUGACAACAUCCUCCCUUCACAGCGACGACUGGCCGAAAUCACAGAGUUGAUCCACACCGCAUCUCUCCUGCACGACGAUGUCAUCGACAAUGCCGUGACGCGCCGUGCCAACAGCUCUGCGAACCUGGCGUUCGGAAAUAAGAUGGCCGUGCUGGCAGGUGACUUUUUGCUUGGUCGUGCCUCGGUGGCGCUGGCUCGCCUGCGCGAUCCCGAGGUCACGGAACUCAUGGCCACUGUCAUCGCCAAUUUGGUGGAGGGUGAAUUCAUGCAACUGAAGAACACUGCGCAAGACGAAUCGAAGCCCGUUUACACCGACGAGACUCUUGCCUAUUACCUCCAGAAGACCUACCUGAAGACGGCCAGUCUGAUUAGCAAGUCCUGCCGCUCUGCUGCGGUUCUGGGCCGGAGUGCCCCGGAGGUGAUCGAGGCUUCUUAUGCUUAUGGCCGCAAUUUGGGUCUGGCAUUCCAGUUGGUUGAUGAUAUGUUGGACUACACAGUUACUGAGGCUGAGAUGGGCAAGCCGGUUGGUGCCGACCUGGAGCUUGGUCUGGCGACUGCGCCGCUCCUUUUCGCCUGGAAGAGCAACCCGGAGCUUGGUCCUUUGGUUGGACGCAAGUUCCGUGUGGAGGGUGAUGUGCAGCGGGCUCGUGAGCUCGUCUACCGCAGCGAUGGUGUUGAGCAGACCCGUGCUCUUGCUCAGGAAUACGCCGACAAGGCCAUUGCUGCCAUCAGCGACUUCCCCGACAGUGAUGCCAAGAGUGGUUUGAUUGAGAUGUGCCAGAAGACCAUGAACCGGAGAAAGUAG